AACAUGAAGGUCUUUAUCGUUUUGGUUCUGGCCAUUGCCUCCGCGUCCGCGGGUCUUCUGCCCCAGACACCGCUAGUGCAUCCUCGUGACAGGGUGGCGAAGCCAUCCAUCAAUGGUCGCAUUACCAAUGGAAAGAAUGCAGUGGCGGAUCAGUUUCCCUACCAGGUGGGACUCAGCUUCCUCGGCUUGAAGGGCAGCUGGUGGUGCGGUGGCUCCAUCAUCGACAACUCGUGGGUGCUGACAGCUGCUCAUUGCACCAGCGGAGCCUCCUACGUGACCAUCUACUAUGGAGCAACUGUCCGUACUAGCCCGCAGUUCACCCAGACCAUCUCCAGCUCCAACUGGAUCCAGCAUGCCAACUACAUUUCGAAGACUGUGCGCAACGACAUCUCCCUGAUCAAGACCCCAUCCGUAACCUUCUCGGCCUCUGUGAACAAGAUCGACCUGCCAGCCAUCGCCAGUAGCUACUCCUCCUACGUCGGCCAGACCGCUGUUGCCUCUGGAUGGGGAAUGACCGCCGACACGGAGACCUCUGUCACCAAGAACCUGCAGUUCGCGGAUCUGACGGUUAUUGCCAACUCCGUGUGCCAGCAGACCUUCGGAAGCUUGGUGGUCACCAGCAAGGUUAUCUGCGUGGCCACAACCAAUGCCAUUUCCACCUGCCAGGGUGACUCUGGCGGCCCUUUGGCUCUGGAUGGCACCCUCAUUGGCAUCACUUCCUUUGGAGCUGAGGACGGCUGCGAGAUUGGUGCCCCGGCUGCCUUCACCCGGGUGACCAGCUACUUGGACUGGAUCAAGACCAACUCCGGAAUUUCGGCCUAAAAAUGUACUUGUGAAAAAUUAAAUAAAAUUACUAAGUGAUUGACCCC